AGGAGAGCGAAGGGGCCGUGAGCCGCCGAUACGACUACUUCCUGAGAAUGUGGCAGAAACCGCACCCCUGAACACACCCUACUUCACGCAGCUCCUCCUUCUCUGCCUCCUCCUCCUCCUCCUACAUCACCCCAAGAAAGGAGGAAUAGGUGGCGGGAUGGUGUGCAGGCGUCCCAAUGCAGGGGAGGCAGCAGGAGGAGAAGCAGGAGGCGCAGGAGGAGAAGCAGGCGGAGGGCGUGAAAGGUCAGCCGAAGAUCACGUACAGCAAGGCGACGGUGACCAAGGAGGGUGACAGGGUGAGGCUGGACUGUGCCGUGGAGGGCGUGGACCUGAGUGGCGUUAACGACUUCACGGUGUCAUGGAGUAAGAUCGACACUGAGAACCCCGUCAACUCUAUGCCCAUCUCCAGCGCGGCGCGAAUCCUGCUCUUCUCCAAUAAAUACGAGCUUGACCAUCCGGCGGCCUCACAGCGCUACUCCCUCAUCAUCAAGUCCAUGAACGCUGAGGACGAGGGGCUUUACCGCUGCACCGUGGAUUUCGGGGACAGCCAGAGGAUCAACGCCGACGUGCCCGUGUCCCUCCGAGCCGCGCCGUACUUCACCGACGAUUUCACCAAGACCCUCACCGUGACCGAGGGGGACUCCAUCAGCAUCGACUGUCAGCCCGGCGGUUCCCCUCGGCCUGACGUGUACUGGGAGAAGGUGAACGAUGAGCUGCCUUACUUCGGGGGGAGGUUCUUCAAGUCCAACCAACUUGACCUACCGUUAGUGCAGAAGGACCAUCGCGGCCACUAUGUAUGUUACGCGGACAACGGGAUCGGAGAACCAGCCACCUCGCGCGUACAGCUCGAGGUUCAGUACGCCCCAGAUGUGACCCUGCCAGCUAGUAGGGUCUUCACCACCACCAACGAGGAGGUGAAACUGGAGUGCGUGGUCUCAUCCUUCCCCUCCGCUGACGUCGCGUGGUACAAGGAGGGAGACGCCAUACUUGGAGGGGCAAACAUCAGAAUCCUCACCGAAGACCUGCAGGAGGGGCAAGGUGUCAGAUCAACUCUAACAGUGAUGACCGUGACCCCGGAUGACCUCGGAGAGUACUCAUGCCGCGCCGCCAACACCGUGGGAAAGACCGAGAAGACCGUCCAGCUGACCACUAGGUCCCCGCCCAUCAUCGUCAAACAGUCCCGCAGUGAGGUUCUCUAUGAUCUUGAGAAGUCGAGAUCGCGGAGCGCGCUGCCUCUUAUCCUGGACUGCGAGGCGGAGGGUGCGCCGACCCCUAACUACCGCUGGACCAAGGACGGCGAGGUGCUAGUGUGGCAGGCUGACCCUCGGCUGUCCCUGGAGGAGGACACUGGAAGCCUCAUCAUCUCCCAGCCUGGCCUGGAGGACAACGGCAUGUACCAGUGCUUCGCCUACAAUGACCUCGGCACCGCUGCAGCCGACCCCGUGUACCUCCUGAACGUGAGCAGCAUCCACUUCUCCAACGACAACGAGCCCAGCGACACCUAUCACCUGGUGGCCGAGCUGGGGCGCCCCUACAAGCUGUCCUGCCCCAAGGCCUUCGCGUACCCCGAGCCGAGCCUGACCUGGGUACGCGCCAGUGAGACCAACGAGAGCAUUGCGCUGGAGUUUGUGAAGGACGAGCGUGUGGUGACCGACCCUGACGGCGACCUGUGGUUCACGCACGUCACGGAAGAGGACGACACGGCCAAGCACGAGUUUCAGUUCAUGUGCCUCGCCAACACGCCCUUUGACCCUUUCGAUUACUCCAUUGCGUCGAUCGUCAAUGUGGCGGUGAAGAACCCUGCGGACGGCGCGGACAACCUGAAGGAGGACAUGAUUAACGUGGAGAGCUUCCUGAUGUACACCUCCGGGGAAAACGUGACCUUCAUGGCGGGGGAGGAGAAUACCCUGUGGUGCAUCUACGGGGGAGAGCCUGUUCCGAGCAUCGUGUGGCGGCGGGCUGACGGGGAGGUGAUGGAGCCCAACACACGGGUCACCACCAGGAACUACGGGAGGACCCUCGUCUUCGCGGACACACAGCUGGAGGAUGCUGGGGAGUAUGAGUGUGUGGCUACCAACGGCGUGGGUCCCGAGAAAUCGUCCGUUACCAGGGUGGAGGUGGAGCAGCGCCCAGUCCUCCAGGAGCCUCUCGCCUCCCAGACCGUUCGUGAGGGCGACACCGUGACCUUCACCUGCGAGACCAACUCCACGGGGGAUGUCACCUACACCUGGAUGCUGAAUGGGCGCCGCCUCUCCCCCCGGGCAGACCGCCACCUUCGCCGCACCAUCGAGGGCCCGCGCCUGGUCAUCGCUGGCGCCUCCACCACCGACGUCGGGAACUACGCUUGCAACGCCUCAUCUCCGCUGGGCUACGCGUACGGCCAGGCCAUCCUCAACGUGCUGCCCGCAGAAAAGGUGGGCGGGGGUGCCUCCUGCGCGGGGGUUCAAGGUCUGCUCGCCGAGUUGGCUACACUGCGCGAGACUGUAUCGGAACUUCGGGUGAUGCUGGCGGGACAGGAAGACCUCGCCCUCCAGACCCACGCAGCCCUGGCAGCCCUCACGGAGCAGCUGGCGGCGACUAGAACCUCCACCCCCUGGCAGGGAGAAGAGAAGGAGCAGGAGGAAGAGGAAGAAGAGGAGGAAACCGCUAACACCACUACCUCACCUGCUUGAGUGCUUUGCGACCUCCCUCUCUCUGCUUUCUCUACCUCACUCCUGCUGUCUAAUCACUCCUGCUGUCUAAGGUUUGAAAAGGGUGUUAGACUAUGACCCUCCCCCUCAAGCUGUGUUUCAUGUUUUUAUUCGUUUUAGUUAGUUGUUUUUAUAUCCAUGUUUUUCAUUGGUGUUUUUUUUUUUUUUUCCAUUCUGUUCCAUUUUUAUUCAUUUUUUGUUAUUUUUCAGUAAGUUUUUUUUAUGGUAUCGUUUUUAGAGGCUGCAAUGCUGUUUGUUUUAUUUUAUUAUUAUUAUUUUAGUUAUCCGUGUUUCGUGUUUGGUCUCCAGCCGUGUGUGUUUUAUUCGCUGUAGGCUCACCACGCUCUGCAAGAAGGUAUUUAGUAGUGUUAUGUAAGAGAAACUCAGCCUACAGUUUCUUAUUAUUUUAUUCAUGUUAUUAUAUUAUCCGGGUGUGUGUAUGUACGCGUGUCGGCGAAACACACAUGUACACUCACCCACACACACACAUCUAUUGGCAUUAAAUAUGAGUGUAUGUGCGCAUGUACGUAACCAGCCAAUACGUACACACGCGCACACUCAGAGCAGCGGCAAUUCGUGCGCACGCCGGCAAAUACUUGAACUAUAAAAUAAAUCUAACUUGCCAACGUCCGCUGAGGGUCGUGAUCGGGUGACUCCUAACACCCCUUUCGCGGUUAACCCGUCCGCUGCGAUUGGCACGGAUUUCUCCUUCCCUGGUAACCUGGUAACAUAUAGUCCCAGGUCUUUCUCUGCCUCUGUGGUGGAUAGUGGAGUGUUUCCCAUGUGGUAUUGGUAUGCUGGAUUUCCUCUCCCAAGGUGCAGGACUUUACAUUUCUCUUCAUUGAAUUGUAGCAGCCACUUUUUUUCCGUUCCUGCAGCUUGGUGAUGUCUUCUUGUAGGAAAUUCACAGUCAAAGGGUAAGGGUCAUAUUCUUAAGCCUCCCCCCUUCAUAGCAUCGGCACACUCCACUUUAGACUGAUGAGGGCCAGUUUUAUUACAGUCCAGUACAGCAAGUUCGUAUAAGCUCCUCAACCAAACCAAAAAUAAUACGAAAAUUCCUUCUAUAGUGUUUGGCGUUGCGAUAAAAAGGAGGAAAUUUUAGGAAACCACACAGGAAAUCUCUUUAGUAUAUGGUAUUCACACAGGAAAUAUCUCUAGUAGAAAUAUCAGAUCAUUGUGGAGCAUAUAGUUUGGUUUUUGGGGCUUACAAUGACUCCGUGUUGGACUGUUGAACCGGCCCUUAAGGUUGCCAGCGUAGACUAAGUAAGGCCCAUGUUAUCAAACGCUUCAAAACCUUAGUACGUCUAUUCCAAAAGGCUCUCGCAGAAUUAAGGUGUCGGGGCAGCAGCUUUGGAAGGCUUCUGCGCCGUGGACGGGAAAAAACUCAUGAUAACCCGACGCAGCUUCUCUCUGGUCUUAAAAAAAAAAAGCGGUCGUAACAAGAGCCCGAAGCGUUUGAUAAUAGGAGUGUAAGGGUGAUUAUUACAUUGAAGUUAUAUAUCAGUGUUACCACGUCCUCCGUAUUAUCCCACUCGCACGUACUUGUAUUAAUAGUUGUUAGUCGUCUGGAAGGUCGUUAGUUGUAAGUACAUGUAGCAUCUUAGGGCAUAACCUGACCAGAUAACUUCGAGUCUUUUGUUCCUGUAGUGUUGGUUUUGCAGGUUCAGAGUCCACGUGACCGCUUGUACUGUAGUGUUCGGGGUCACUGUUAUUUCCUACUAUAUGUUAAGGGCAUUGAGUGCAAUAGACAAAGAACUUGGAGUAUUAUAAUAAAAUGUUGUUAAGAUUGA